AUGGGGAGGAAAAAGAAAUGUGCAUUACAGGUCAUCAUGGAAGAUGUUGGAAUGGAGAUUGAUGGACAAGUGGAAAGUGACUCCGAGAGCGAAGGGGCUGAAGAGGGGGGAAAGGCAACCAGAAAGCAGCACUCCAAGGAAGCUAUCAAGUCAAGUGGACAUGAAAGGAAAAAGCAAAAUAAGAAUGGGGAAGAAGUUGAACUUGAAAUUGAAGCCCCAAGGCAAAAAAGAACUACUAAGAAGAAAAGUCACAAAAUGAAUGACAGUGAUGGGGAAAGUGAAGCAGGGGAAGCAGCAAGCGGGAAGAAAAAGAGAAAUAAAAAAGCUAGCAAAAACCAAAAGGAAGCAGAGAAUAAAGAAAAGCAAACAAAGAAAGGGAAGGAGCAGGAUAAGAAACAGAAGAAAAACCCAGCAGAGAGCUCUUCUUCCUCAUCUGCUUCCAACUCAUCUGAUGAAGAAUCUCUGUCAGAGGAAGAACUGACGAGGCUAAAGGAACAGGUAGAGGAAAAGAAAAAACUAAUAUCUACCAUGAGGAACAAACCUUGGCGUAUGGUGAAGAAAUUAGCAUUGCUCAGGGAGGCACAAGCUUUUGUAGAGAAGUUUGAAGGAGCACUGGGAAAGGGAAAAGGAAAAAAAUUCUAUGCAUACAAGAUGAUGAUGGUAAAGAAAUGGGUGAAAUUUAAGAGAGACUUUGACAAUUUUAAGACACAGUGUAUUCCUUGGGAAAUGAAGAUAAAAGAAGUGGAAAGUCACUUUGGUUCCUCAGUAGCUUCUUAUUUCAUAUUUCUGCGAUGGAUGUACGGAGUAAAUCUGGUCCUUUUUGGUUUAAUAUUUGGACUGGUUAUAAUUCCAGAGAUCUUGAUGGGAAUCCCAUAUGGAAGUAUACCUAGAAAAACUGUACCCAGAGCUGAACAAGCUACUGCUAUGGAUUUUUCUGUCCUUUGGGAUUUUGAGGGUUAUAUCAAAUAUUCUGCUCUUUUUUAUGGCUACUACAACAAUCAACGGACAAUCGGCUGGUUGAAAUACAGGCUACCGAUGGCAUACUUCAUGGUUGGAGUUAGUGUAUUUGGCUACAGCCUGAUGGUGGUUAUAAGAUCGAUGGCCAAAAAUGCCAACGAAAACACAGGAGAUGGGGAUGACAACAAUUUCACUUUCAGCUGGAAAAUGUUCACUAGCUGGGAUUACCUCAUUGGCAAUCCAGAGACCGCAGACAACAAAUUUGCAUCUAUUGCAACCAGCUUCAAGGAGUCUAUUGUGGAUGAGCAAGAAAGUAACAAGGAUGAGAACAUUCAUCUGAGAAGAUUCCUUCGGGUUCUGGCUAACGUGCUUAUCAUAUGUUGCUUGUGUGGAAGUGGCUACCUCAUUUAUUUUGUGGUUAAACGGUCCCAGACUUUUUCAAAAAUGCAAAACAUUGGCUGGUAUGAAAGAAAUGAGGUUGAAAUUGUUAUGUCCUUGCUAGGAAUAUUUUGUCCUCCACUGUUUGAAACCAUUGCUGCCUUAGAGGAGUAUCAUCCUCGCAUUGGAUUGAAAUGGCAGCUAGGACGUAUCUUUGCUCUGUUUCUCGGGAACCUCUAUACCUUUUUAUUGGCCCUAAUGGACGAUGUCAAUGAAAAGCUGACUGAAGAAGUAGUGAUAAAGAACUUCACACACUGGACCCUGCUUAGCUACUAUAACUCAUCUGCAAUGAAUGACAGUGCGGUUACUCCACCUCCUAUUGAUCCCGCAGAUGUGCCUAGAGUUCCUUGCUGGGAGACAACUGUGGGCAUCGAAUUUGUAAGACUCACUGUGUCUGAUAUUCUGGUGACCUAUGUAAUCAUCCUGGUGGGAGAUUUUAUUCGUGCUUGCUUUGUCAGAUUUGUGAACUACUGCUGGUGCUGGGACCUUGAGGCUGGAUUUCCCUCCUAUGCAGAAUUUGAUAUUAGUGGUAACGUGUUGGGCUUGAUCUUCAAUCAAGGAAUGAUCUGGAUGGGAUCCUUUUAUGCACCUGGACUGGUUGGUAUAAACGUGCUGCGCUUACUAACCUCCAUGUAUUUUCAGUGCUGGGCAGUUAUGAGUAGCAAUGUCCCUCAUGAACGCGUGUUCAAAGCAUCCAAAUCCAAUAAUUUUUAUAUGGGACUCUUGCUGUUGAUCCUGUUCCUAAGCCUACUGCCAGUGGCCUACACCAUAAUGUCCCUCCCUCCUUCCUUUGACUGUGGACCAUUCAGUGGAAAGAAAAGAAUGUAUGAUGUCAUCCAAGAGACCAUCAAGCAGGAUUUUCCACUUUUUAUAGCCAAGAUCUUCAGUUAUGUGGCAAAUCCAGGCCUGAUUAUACCUGCAGUUCUGCUUAUGGUCCUAGCCAUCUACUAUCUGAAUGCUGUGGCUGAAGCAUACCAGCGUGCUAACACAGAACUGAAGAAGAAAAUGCAAAUGCAACGUGACGAGGAGAAAAACAAGAGGAACAAUAAAGCUACUACUAGUUCUGCAAUGCAAGACUUAGACAACUUGCUGGUUCCAGGUGCAAAGAGUGCGAGUCAGCCCAAAUCAAUAGAAGAGAACAAAUUGAACUCUACUAGAAGAAACAGCCCUGCAGGGAAAGAAGGAAGUACGACAAGAAACAGCAACCUCACCAGCUCUGGGCGAGGAGAAAUACUGGUGCCGCCGCCUUGCGUAGUGAUAACACGACCGCCGAGGCCUAGUUUAAGGGCAUCUCACCAUAGACGAUCAAAACCCGGAGCUUACCAGCCGGGACCGUACCCUGUAAUGGGCAGGGGGCAGCCGCAUUAAAACAUCUCACGUAGUUUUGUUUGGCUAUAGGUGUAUUGUUUAUUUCCAUUAUAUCAGGCAUUCAAAC